GCAAUUUCUGGAUUUCUGCUGUUGUCUUUCGGUUUGACAGGUAGAAUUUGAAGCUAGGUCGCUCAGGGAAGUGUCUGCGUUCAAUUGAAGGGGUUAUUACGUAAAGAGCCUCACAAAACUGCCACUCAGAGCCGUUUCUCCCCGUCGCCCGAACCUCUACGCGUUGCAGUCUCCGAGGGAAGCGCUACGUUCGCUUUCUGUUCAUGUAGAAACGGGUAUGCUGCAUUUUUCUUCCUCAGGUAGGGAGAGUUACCGCCCUGGAUGAUUCACAGGGGCACGCAAAAGCACAAAGGCGUACCUUACCCCAGGCGCGACCGCAUGUGGCGUAGCGGCGCGUGGGUUCUUAGUGUGACGGUCGCGGUGCGUGCCACGCAUAGGGAGUAUCCGUGAAACCUUCCUGGACAUAAACCGCAGCGUGUAUGUAACUGUUGGAAGCCACGAGUAAGUGGUGGUUUUUUCUGAAGCUCAAAAGCGAGCGUCUGAUUUCUCGACGAGCCAUGCGCGGGAACCGUGGACGAGGCACCUUCCUGGCCCCUGCCUUUGCCGCCCCUGGCGACAAGCGGCUGUCGCGCCGUUUGCUUCCGUCGCGGCUGUGCGGCGCCACCCCUCUUCCUUUAGGGCGUAGUGGUAUUCCCCCCUCAUUUCUCGGGUCUAUGGAAGGGCGACCCGACAGGUUUCAGUGCCAGCCCUGAUGCAGGGUAGAGCUCCCGUUCUCGGGCGUCUUGAUUGAUUCGAAUUUACGCAAAGAACGCGCAACUUUUGCACGAGUUGCCUCGUCAGCCCGUCGUCGCGUUGGGUGGAAGAGGAAGCCUCAGUCAGACGCUCUCCAGGAAGACGCGUUUUUUUGUGCAGACAGUCCGUUUGACUAUGGGAGGUGAGAAAUAAAGCAAGUGAUGCAGCCGGUCUUUCGCACGGAAAGUGGCAUCGGCACUCUGCCUUGGGUUCCUUCCUGGUUCCUCCCGCGAGUCCCGAACCCGACGACAGCUGUGGACUUUGGACAGAAGUCGAGUUUCUCGACGCGUUUCCAGGAUCCCGUUAUUCGUACCCUCUGCGUCCUGCAGAGAAAUCUUUGCGCGCGAAUCUCCAGUCUCUCGAACAACCAUGAUGAGGGCACUUGCCCUGAAUCACUUGUUCGUUGUGCUUGGCGUCGCCAGUACGUUCAUCACCUUGGCUGCAGCACAGGCGACAGAGCCUUGGGUGUGCGGCGGAAAGACACAGUUCCUCGGCGAGUGUGCUCGAUGCGUGUCGAGCGACCAGUGCAAAGAUAACUCGAGUUGCUGUCCUCGCCUGAAAGUCUGCACAGGGCAAAAGGCCUGCCCUGGCCCCUGGGGAAACUGCAAUCCUCUCCUGCUCACGCGAACCGCUACGGAAAUGAAACAGGAACUCUGGGACUCCAGCAACUGUAGCGGGGCUUCGGGCAUUCCCCUUCGCAACUGGGUAGACUGCUCUGCAACGAUCCCUGCCGUCGCGCUUUCUCUCUGGAACGCAGCCACCAUCGCAUUUGUCUUCAUUGCCUUCCUAGGCUGGCUCUCAUAAAAAGCCGAACCAUAUCUCGCUUGUCUUUUGGGCCGUACGGCCCACUACGGCCCCACUGUUUUUGCGUUGUCACGCGGGAUCCGGGAUUUCCCGACGCUGCUGGAUUCGAAAAGAACAUGACAAGAGGAAAAAGCCCGGGAUUUCACAUUUACCUUCUGGUAGCAGUCAGCGCGUUCUUGAAGGUUCUGUGCCCCGACAGCACUGCGCUGUCGACCCCAGAGUGUCAGGAGAAAAAAAAGUGGUUGUCGACACGGGGUAGAGGCGGCUCUCUCGCUGUGCAGAGAGUUUUCCAAGCUGCGAAAGGUGAGACACUGUUGGUCUCGAGAAGCCAAGGCGAUGAGAAGUUGAAUAUGCAUCCGCACCACAUGAGUACUCCCCGUAGACGCGAUCCAUGCGUGCGGAGUGUGCGUCUAAGUUCUACAAUGAGACGUUCAGCGUCUACGGAAGUAGGUUUUGUCUUUUUUGUCGUUUCGUCUUACGCGCCUCAGCGCGUACAGAGGAGUGCCAUCGGUGAAAUACAUCCAAAGGUUUGAACAUACGAGGCGCCGGCGUGUGUGGAUUCCCCAGAGGGCCCGCGGACCGGUGUCCAAGACACGACCAGAAUUGGUGUCUGUAGGCCGCGUGCUUUUUUUAAAACUCGACGUAGUAAUCACAACAAGUGGUCUGGCACUUCCGAACUUUGCAGGCUGCCAUUUUUUGCGGCAGAGACGCUCUGGCUAAUUCAUUCCGCG